GUUCAAAAGUCAUGUGUUUUGUGAUGCACAGCAUGGAUUUGAUCUUCCAAAGUCACUGGCUAUGAGCAGUGUAGCUGUUCGCAUAUUGCAUACUCAUUAUGAUCAUGUGUCUCCACUUUGGCUGCAGUGUCAGAGUGUGCCAAAAUUGGAAGUCUUAGAUAGCAAAGAGUUAACUCAGGAUUCAAAAGACAAUGUAGAAGAACCAGGAGAAGAAGGAAACAAAGCCAAUGAAGAGCCCAGCAUGCCUGCUAAAGAGGAGCCCAGCAUGCCUGCUAAAGAAGAUGUUGUCUCGUUCCAAGAAAACAUCAGUAACAUAGCUGAUGUAAAUGAGACAGGGGAGGAAACAGAGAAGAAAUCAGAAAUCUUGGACAUAUCAUCACUGUCACUAGUUCAGGAUCCGGUGAUGCAGGAAGAGACAAGUGAAAAAGAAGAGGCAAAACCAGAUGAAAACAUUGUUGACUUGCAGCAGUUUGUACCAGUGGGUGGUGUGUACCAUAUCGAUGCGCUCCAGGUUCCACAUCAGGUCAAACAAAUCAAGGACUGGAGUAUGGUGGAGUUACGUAAUGUCGGAUUGGAGGCAUACCCAUAUCCCUCAGAAGGGGCCGAAGAUGCCAUAUAUCCACCAAUAGAGAUAACCCUUAGGCUUUCUGACAAUGUGAUGUAUUUUGCAUCUCCUGUGAUAGCCCGAUGGGAUCCUGCAGGCCAGCAGUGGAGAACUGAUGACAUCAGCAACAUAACAUAUGAAAAAGAAGAAAAGAGUAUCACUUUUAAGAUGGGGACCUUUUAUACAAUAGCACUUCUUCAGGAUGCUCAUAUCAACAUGCCAUAUCAGGGAUGGGAAUUGCAACCUACUGGAACGGAUGAAGCACUACUUAUAGUUACUACAGUCUUUGCCGUGAUUCAGAUACAAAUCAAGGGUAAUCAAUGUAUGUUGUCUUCAGUAGUGGUGGAAGAGAAGGAGGUGCUUUCCCACAUCACAGGAAAGUGGAUAAGUCCACUUAACCUAAGAGAAGUUUUGAAAAAAGCUGGUGUGAAUAUUUUUCCAGGAGAGUGUUCUUACACAUACCUCUCUCUGAACAAGAAGGCACUCAUAGCAGAAGCUAAGGCCUAUCAACAGAUGGCACUGCUUGCAUCUGCUUUUGCUUUUGGCAGGAGCAAGUGGAAUCUAGAGGCAGGCCAAGAGCAAGUAGUGUUCAAGGUAAGUGAGCAUCUUAAAGCAGAAUCUGUCAAAGACAAAGACUGGUCUCUUUAUCUGUUUAAUGGUCAGAAAGCACAAAAGCUCAAGAUCACUGAAACCAGCGAAGCUUUCUCAGAAGAGAUAGAGGAAGAUUCUGAAUUUCACUCCACAAUCUACCAUAUGCUUAAGGACUUUUCCAGCAAAGAAGCAAUAGAAAAAGUGGAAACAGCUAGCUUCCUGUUUAUUGAUGUUGUAUAUCAGCUACUCCUUGCUACAAGAGUUUUAACAUACUCUUAA